CCGGGAGUCACUCCGAAACAAAGAAACACAUUCGACUUGUACUCUAUUCCUCUUCUCUCAGUAGAGAUGACUGGAGCCGCUGUGUUCUUGUGUUUAUUCUUCCUCAUGACUUUCUGUUCAGCCUGCUACAUCUCCAACUGUCCCAUCGGGGGCAAGAGGUCCGUCAUGGACUCUCCACAACGCAAGUGCAUGUUGUGUGGGCCAGGGGAGCAGGGCCGCUGUUUCGGCCCCAGUAUCUGCUGUGGGGAAGGGCUGGGCUGCUGGAUGGGCUCCCCAGAGACGGCACGCUGCAUGGAGGAGAACUACCUGCCCACCCCCUGUCAGGCAGGAGGGAGACCCUGUGGAUCUGAAGAAGGACGCUGCGCUGCACCAGGCAUCUGUUGUGACUCAGAGGGCUGCAGUGCGGACCAAUCCUGUCUGGCAGAGGAGGAAGGCGACAAUCAAAUCAGCCAAUCAGAGGGCAGCGAUGACGCCCUCCUCAGGCUCCUUCACAUGGCUGGCCACACCCCUCCUCAUCGAGUCCACCAAUGAGCUGCCAAUGAUGCCAGGUUUCCAUGGGGGUCACUUGAGAGAUUGGCUGUUAGGAUUUGUAGUUCAAGGUAACCUAGUUGUAGUUCAUUGAUUAAUUCAUCUAUUUCACCUACACACCCAUUUACUGGCCUCCUUCAGUUUAUAGGCAACCUCACUGGAUUGGAACCUGUGCACUCCUCUGUAGAUUGCCUUUGUAUUCCAUACUAAUAAUAAUAUAUUUUACGUACUGUAUGUAUAGGAAUAGCUAUCAUUAAUCUUACAAGUGUUAAGAGGCCACACGUGUAUUUUAAUAAAG